UUCUACCGGAAAAGUGAGCUGUGUUGUGACCGUUUUAGCGGAACGUUGAAUGUCUUGAUAACCUGUGGGCCUUUUUCCUUUUUAUCAGUGUUAAUGUUACACGACGGUCUUUGCUAUCUGACAGGACAAUGGUACAAAUGGUGAUACGAGGCAGUGUGGAUGGCAGCAGUCCUCCAGAGUGGAUGCUGGUGGAGCUGCAGGGGGAGAUGGUUUCCAGACACAACUCUGGUCUGGCAGGAAACGUGAUGGGAGACCUGCUGUACACCAAAGAGGGGGUGCCCGUGCUGAUUGUCGGACAUCAUAUUCUAUAUGGGAAGCAGGUCAAACUGGAGAAACCCUUCGCUGUCCUCACCAAGCAUUCAGGCCAUGCGCAGGAUAGCCUGGACAACCGUGACGACGACGAUGUCCGACAGGUACCCAUGGAAACGAACCAGCAAGGACCCACCUCCACCUCUUACUCUGUGACUGCCCUCAUCAAACGGAAGCUGAUCUUUAAGACGCGCCCUAAACCCAUCAUCACUAAUGUACCCAAGAAGGUGUAGAGUGACUGCAUUAUGGUCACAGACGGAUCCAUCUGUCUUGUGCUGGACUUUUUAUUUUAUUUUAACAGUUAUACUUCAGUUGGUGUCAUCCAAUUCUAACAUGACCUAGUUAGAUUAUACAUUUAUUGUACAAUUGAUCAAUCCUGUUAACCUGACGCUGAACUUAUUCCAGCGAGAGACUUUAAUGAGGCUCCCCGGACGUACAUUUAUAGAUAAUAUUUAAAGCUCCAUGAUGGUCUGAAUGUUGUUUCAAAGGUUUUUGCACACUGACAAGAAUCCCUUUCUGGAUGCAAUACUAAAUCAUUUAAAGUAUUUUCUAUGAAAACAAAGAUUUCAGCUUCAGUCCAUAAGUAUCCAAACUAGGGACACACAUGCAACCUUAUCAUUUGUUGCGACUGGAACGGACAUUUCCACCACAUUGCACCUCAUGACAGAAGGCGUACAUUUCCCAAAUACUGUAAAUCCACUUCAUAACCUUAGGCCACUGCGUUCAGAUAAACUGUACACAAAAGUCUUCCCGGUCGACUCUGACUGUUUAAUAAUGACUUUAUGAUUCCAGGAGAUGCUCUUUGAUGAAGAGAUUUCCUCUGAUAGCGGUUUACCUGCUCUAUUUACCCACUACAUUUACUUCUGCUUCUGGUAGCUUUUCGCAUUUCCCAGAAUUCAUUUUUCAGAAAUUAAAAGAAUUCAUGCCAGUUGU